AUGCUCUGUUGCGGCUGCAAUGUGCUUUUGCAACAGUGUGCAAUGGGCUUACUCGCAUCUUUCGUUGGUGCCAUGGCGAUCGCGGACUUGGUCAAGACCACACUCGGGCCAAAAGGAAUGGACAAGAUCCUUCAGUCGACUGGCCGAGGGCGGAGUGUCACUGUUACGAAUGAUGGGGCUACCAUUUUGAAGUCCCUCCAUAUCGACAACCCUGCUGCCAAGGUCCUUGUUGACAUCUCCAAAGUUCAAGAUGAUGAAGUUGGUGAUGGAACAACUUCUGUUGUUGUUUUGGCUGGAGAACUUUUGAGGGAGGCUGAGAAGUUGGUUAACAUGAAGAUUCACCCGAUGACUAUUAUUGCAGAAGUACAAGAUAGUAUCUUGAAAAACGAAAAUGUGAAAGCAGUGCAGUUCUGCAUUGAUGCCAUUUUAGAAGUACAAGAUAGUAUCUUGAAAAACGAAAAUUUGAAAGCAGUGCAGUUCUGCAUUGAUGCCAUUUUAGAAGUACAAGGUAGUAUCUUGAAAAACCAAAAUGUGAAAGCAGUGCACUUCUGCAUUGAUGCCAUUUUAGAAGUACAAGGUAGUAUCUUGAAAAACCAAAAUGUGAAAGCAGUGCACUUCUGCAUUGAUGCCAUUUUAGAAGUACAAGGUAGUAUCUUGAAAAACCAAAAUGUGAAAGCAGUGCACUUCUGCAUUGAUGCCAUUUUAGAAGUACAAGGUUACAGAAUGGCUGCUGAGUGCGCCAGAAAUGCUUUGUUGAAGAAGACCAUGGACAACAAAGAUAAUACAGACAAGUUCAGAUCAGAUCUCAUGAACAUCGCCAUGACUACACUUAGUUCGAAAAUUCUCUCCCAGGACAAGGAGUAUUUUGCUGAACUUGCAGUUGAUGCUGUCCUCAGGCUUAAGGGUAGCACCAACUUGGAAUCAAUCCAAAUUCUGAAGAAACCUGGAGGAUCUCUUAAGGAUUCCUUUUUGGAUGAAGGGUUCAUCCUUGAUAAGAAGAUUGGCCUGGGUCAACCAAAGCGAAUUGAGAAUGCUAAUAUUUUGGUUGCGAACACCGCUAUGGAUACAGAUAAAGUUAAGAUUUAUGGGGCACGUGUCCGGGUGGAUUCGAUGUCUAAGGUUGCAGAUAUUGAAGCUGCUGAAAAGCAGAAAAUGAGAGAGAAAGUUGAGAAAAUCAUUGGUCACGGGAUCAACUGCUUUGUCAACAGGCAGCUAAUCUACAACUUUCCUGAAGAACUUUUUGCUGAUGCUGGUAUCCUUGCAGUUGAGCAUGCUGACUUUGAGGGUAUCGAGCGGUUAGCUCUUGUCACGGGUGGUGAUAUUGCAUCUACUUUUGACAACCCAGAGUCUGUUAAGCUUGGGCACUGCAAGCUCAUCGAAGAGAUUAUGAUUGGGGAGGACAGGCUGAUUCAUUUCUCCGGGGUUGCGAUGGGGCAAGCUUGCACCAUUGUCCUGAGAGGAGCAAGUGAGCAUGUGCUUGAUGAGGCUGAGAGGUCCUUGCACGAUGCCUUGUGUGUGCUCUCCCAGACAGUAAAUGACACGCGUGUCAUAUUUGGCGGUGGAUGGCCUGAGAUGGUGAUGUCCAAAGAGGUGGAUGAACUUGCAAGGAGGACCCCUGGGAAGAAAUCUCAUGCGAUUGAUGCUUUUUCGCGCGCCCUGCAAGCCAUCCCAACAAUCAUAGCCGACGAUGCUGGUCUGGAUAGUGCCGAGCUGAUCUCUCAGCUCCGAGCUGAGCACCACAAGGAGAACAGCACUGUUGGAAUCGACGUCAUCAGCGGCGGGCUGGGAGACAUGCAGAAGCGUGGCAUCUGCGAGGCGUUCAAGGUGAAGCAGGCCAUCGUCCUGUCGGCGACCGAGGCUGCGGAGAUGAUCCUGAGGGUCGACGAGAUCAUAACCUGCGCCCCACGCAGGAGGGAGGACAGGAUGUGA